AUGAGGGCAAUUUUGAAGUAUCCAGAUUAUUUUAAAGUUGCCAGUUUAUUUACUGUAGAAGACCUUUUCAAAGCCCGAGUUCACCUAGGACACAAAGAGGGGUCUCUUGAUCCGUGCAUGCAUCCCUUCAUCUUUGGGUCUCGCCUUGGUCAUCUCAUCAUAGAUCUUGACCAGACAUCGCAACAUUUACGUGAAGCUCUGAACUUCACAGCUCACAUAGCUUACCGUGGAGGAAUCAUACUUUUUGUCUGUAGGAAUCCACAAUUUCAGCAUCUGGUAGAAAACACGGCCAAAGAUUGUGGCGAGUAUGCUCACACCAGAUUUUGGCAAGGAGGAAUCCUCACGAACUCAACCAUCCAGUUUGGAUGUGAAACUCGGUUACCAGACCUUGUAAUCUUUAUUAAUACCUUGAACAAUGUCCUCACUCAGCAUACUGCAGUCAGAGAUGCAGCAAAGAUGUUGAUUCCUACUGUUGGUAUUGUCGAUACGAAUUGUAACCCAAACCUUAUCACAUACCCUGUCCCUGGAAAUGACGACACUCCUUCAGCUGUAAAAUUAUUCUGA